AUGAAGGAAUCUGAUAAGCUGGAGAAGAAAUCUGCAGCAAAAGCCACUGCAGAUGCCACAGCAGAUGGUUCCGGAUCGAACGGGAUUAGAUCGAGAUCUCGAGAAGCGUCGGACGAAUUUGACAUUAUCGAGCACGUAGUACGACCUCGGUUAUCUAACCCUAUGGAUACUGCUACAUGCAGUGCCAAUUGUAAUGACAGCAGGUUAAAGGCUGAGCAUCAGAAAUUGACUGCUGACCAAACAAAGAAUCCAACUGCUACAUGUACUAGUAGCAAGAGACCAGCUGACUGGACCCAAGAAGAAGCCUAUUUGGAUAUCUAUGGUACAGGUAACGCUAGCGCUAGCGGCAGCGGCGGCAGUCAGCCAACGGAUGGUGUGGUUCGUAGCCUAGUUCUCGACACUGAUGAAAUUGCAAAAAUGGUGGAAGCUCGGCAGUUUAUUCAGCCUAAAAACGUCGGACAGGAUCUACUACAUGUACAUGCAGUAACGGAAGGGCUUUCGGUUCCUCGACCAUCUCUGACACGCGGGCCAAAUGUGGCUCCUGCUAUGAUACGUCCCGGGGCCUACUUGGAGGCACCUGGCACAAACCUGCAAAGAACCCGCAAUGCCCGCUACUCGCUCCUAGGAGUGGCAGCUUCUCCUCACACUACGGAAGGCAACGCCAUGGCAGAGGAGCACCAGCAAAAUCAAGUCCCAAGUGCUUCUAUGGAGGCUCAACAGCGAGACCAACACCGUGACGAUACUCAAGAGGCUUCCGCUAUGGAACCUGAUUCCCUACCAAAUCCUAAUCCUGAUGAGUCCUCCAAUGACAUUUCAGCCAGUGAAAAUCCGGAGGGACUGGCAGUGGCUGCAAUGGUAUCCGAGGAUGAAGAGACGGAACCACCAUGUUUGCCACAAGCCGCAGAGUUUGAUAUGGACUCCUCACUCAGACAGAAAGAAGAGUCAAUGAAGCAAUUCAAAACCAAAAUUCUUCUGGCAGUUAUCGUGUUCACCACAUUCAUGAUUCUGCUUCUGGCUAUUCUCAUUCCCAGAAAGGUCAAUACAAAUACCGGGAAUACAGAGUCACCAAGAUUGGCGGCCCCAAGCAGCAUGCCAUCGCAAAUGCCAACAUCCAUGAAUGCCUACUUGAUGUCUCUCUUGCCAAAUCACACAAUGAUCAUGAUAUCUGAAGAAGCUGACUCUCCGCAAUCGAAAGCGUGGCAUUGGUUGCUCAAAGACAGGGAAUUCCUGCCCUCUUCAUCGGAGGACCAAAUCAAGCAAAGAUAUGCCCUCGUCACACUCUACUAUGCCACAAGAGGUGACCUUUGGACCGACAAAAAUGGUUGGCUCCACCAUGACAUGGAUGAGUGCAAAUGGUACAACAAACCAGACUUUGGUGCAAAAUUUUUGGUAUCAAGUAUCUACAACGGAUAUUUGACUGGUUUUCUGGAACCAAUGCCAGAUUCACAUUGUGGUCCAGAUGGCUUGUACCAACACUUGUGGUUGGAUGGAAACAACCUUGUGUGGACGCUUCCAGAAGAGCUGUUUUUGUUGUCAAAUCUCAAGACCUUUUCCAGUGCCUUCAAUACGCUUCAUGGGACAAUCUCAACUCUCAUUGGACAGCUGACAGCAUUGGAAGGGCUUGUCUCUUCAGACAUGAAGGACACUAGAGCCAUUCCUUCGGAAAUUGGAUUUUUGACAAACCUUCAAGUCCUUUCGUGCCGUAACUGUGAUCUUCAAGGAACCAUGCCAUUGGAAUUUUGGAAGUUGACAAACUUGUCUCAUUUUGGCUUGGAAGUGAAUCCUGAGCUGCAAGGAAGCAUACCCACUGAGGUGGGGAAGAUUGAAAAGCUGAGGUGGCUGGUCAUGGAUAGGUGUGAUCUCUCUGGAACUCUCCCAAAAGAGCUUGGCCAACUACAGCAUCUUGAAAUGAUGAUUGUAGCUCUCAAUCAAAUGUCGGGCAAACUUCCAACCGAGAUAGGGCUCCUGAAAAAGAUACUGCAUUUUUCGGUUCGGAAUAAUAAAUUUCAUGGCACCCUGCCGACAGAAUUGGGGAAAUUGACAACAUCGACACUGCUUUCUCUAUGGGGCAAUCAAUUGAGUGGAGCAGUGCCAAGUGAAUAUGGUCUCCUGACAAACCUUACCAUUUCACUUAAUCUGAAGAACAACUUUUUUGGGGGAACCAUCCCUACACAGCUUGGGCUUCUGUCACGGCUUCAUGAGCUAGAAUUCCAGGGAAAUCAAUUCACGGGUCCCAUUCCCAGCGAGUUUGGCCAACUCUCCUCUAUUGGUCAUCUCACAUUUGCCAACAACUCUCUUGUUGGGUUGUUUCCACAAGAGCUGGCUUCUCUUCAGCCAUCAUUGCAUACCCUUACAUUGGAUGGGAAUCCGAGGUUGUCUGGGACUAUUCCGGAAGCAGUUUGCAACAUGAAUGGCUCUUGUAUCAGCAUUUCUUGGGACCAAUGCAAUCCAGUUCACGGCUUGUUUUUUGACUGUUCAAAUCUGCUCUGUGGUUGUGAUUGCCCCUGCGCCGCUGCCAGUAGAAUGGGCAACAAAAACCAAAAUUAGUGGCUUCGUUGAUAUAUCUCGAGUGGGCCCAGACAAGGCUUAGCUGCAGCUACGUUUUGGCAAUAGCAGAUUGUCAAGCUCUGCUUUGUUUUGUGUAGCCAGAAAAUUACAUAACAUGUGCAUCUUUCCGCUACUAGACUGCCACUUGUCCUCGUCACUCUGCUAGGCAUUCCAUGCAUACAGGUAGCAAAACUCGGGGCUUCGGCUGGGCAUUGGGUACAGUACGAUCGAGCACAA